AUGGACGAGAACGCCGAGCGCACGCGGAUGCCCACGCGCGCGCGGACGUCGACGUACGAGACGCCCGAGUGCGUGAACGCGUAUCUAGACUUUCACUUUGGACAAUCCGUCGUCCAGGCGUGCGCCGCGACGGGGCGCGGACCCGCGAUCGAGGGGUUCGCGCGGUACGAGAACGCGCCCGUCGACGCGUUGGCGUUCCCGGCGCGGUGCGCGAGGUACGCGGCGUUCGGUUCGUCCAUGCGGGAGGAUGGUAUUCCUCGGGAUUGGGAGGAAUUAGCGCCGAAGCGUCGCGUGUUGGAUGUCGGGUGCGCGUGCGGUGGGGCGGCGUUCGAGUUUGCGAGUUUAGGAUGCGGCGAAGUCGUCGGGUUUGAUUUCUCAAAAGCGCUCAUCGACGCGGCGAAGGAGAUACGCGACAAGGGUGAAAUCGUCGCGAGAGUGAAGAUGGAAGGUGACGCUGAGGUGGACAAAACGUUAGUGCGACCGUGCGAUGAUGCGGUGUUUUGGAGGGUGAAAUUUCACGUCGGAGACGCGUGCGAGAUGGUGCGCGACGCGCAGACUUUGGGCAAAUUUGACGUGGUGUUAGUUGCGAACCUUUUGUGUCGAGUGCCGCGACCGCGACGCGUAUUGGACGGACUAGAGGCUGUCGUCAAGAUCAACGGUAUCGUCGCCCUCGUCACGCCGUGGUCGUGGUUAGACGAGUACACGCCGGACGUGAACGAACGCUUGGAGAAGUGCGGGAUAACGCUCAAGGAGGAGAUGGAGAAACGCGGAUUUGAGAGGAUCGGUGCCCCGGAUGAGAUGCCGUGUUUCAUUCGCGAACACUAUAGGAAAGCGCAGUAUAUCGUCUCCGAGGCCACCCGAUGGCGAAAAGUACGAUAA